UGUUACCAAUCAGGAAGUAGACGUUUGUUUUUGUGAUCGGUGUCGUCGCUUUGGACUUUCGUGUUAGUGUUCUGACAUUUUGGUGUCAGUGAAAAGUAAAAUAUGAAUUCGGAGAAGUAUCCACAUUCGACCAUUGAAGAUGACUUUAACUAUAGCACCAAUGUGGCCGGGUCCAGCGUUCAGAUUCGAAUGGAUUUUUUACGUAAAGUGUACAGUAUUCUUACUGUUCAGAUCAUGCUAACAACAGUGACCUCUGCUUUGUUCAUGUCCUGUGAUCCAAUUAAGAACUUUGUCCAUUCAAGCCCAGCAGUAGUUUUGAUAGCAGCUCUUGGAUCUUUAGGACUUAUAGUUGCCUUGUCAAUUUACAGACUCCAACACCCAACCAACCUCUACCUUCUUCUUGGAUUUACUCUAUCUGAGGCUGUAACUGUUGCUACAGCAGUGACAUUUUAUGAGCAUGUGAUAGUCCUCCAGGCCUUUGUGCUAACAGUUGCUGUGUUUCUUGGGUUGACUGCCUACACUCUACAGUCAAAGAGGGACUUCAGCAAGCUAGGCGCAGGGCUUUUUGCUUGCUUGUGGAUUUUGAUCAUCGCAAGUUUCAUGAGACUCUUCUUUCAUAGUGACACCAUGGACCUCUUAUUUUCAGCUGCAGGGGCAUUGGUGUUCUGUGGAUUUAUCAUCUAUGAUACCCACCUGCUUAUGCAUAAGCUAUCACCUGAAGAGUACAUUUUGGCCUCAAUCAACCUGUAUUUAGACAUCAUCAACCUUUUCUUGCAUCUUCUUCGUCUUCUGGAGGCAAUGAAGAAGAACUAAAAUAUGGAAUAGAUAAAACGAAUUGGCUUAUUUGGGUUCUUGGGGAACAGGGAUGUGCAGGUGGUUGUUAUUUUUCCAGGUGUUUCUAAUAAUGUAUGAUUUAAUAUAUGAUUUUACUUUUUUAAUGUGCAAUAUGAACAGUACCUCUCUCUUUGUGUCUUUUAUGCAAAGUAUUUAAAUGUUUAAGCACCAACUUGAAUGAAGUGUUGUUUCCUGCAUCUUACUGCAGUAUUUCCCAUGGUUGUUGUGGCUAACUGGCCUCUGAAUGUCUCUCCUGCUAGCAGUGUGUUUCGAAAGCCUACUUUAUAGAUUUAUUACUAAAUAACUCCCUAUGUUUAAAUGAUAGUUUGCUCAAAUUACAUCCUUCAACAGAUUCAUUAAUUGGCUGCAUUUAUGGUAGUGACAAGUGUCAUAAUCCAGCAUGCCUGAAAAGGGAAAAUAGUGUUCCUAGCUGCCCGUCAUGCCCAUAAAUGUUUGCCUAUGCAAGUCCAUGUAUACUCUGCCAACAGCCCACUACAAAUACAUUUCUUAUAAUAAAAGGGAGAUAUUCCAAAAGCAGGGUAUCAUGCUGGUUUAAGAUUUUGGGUUGCAGAGAAGCUGGCAAAUGCUGAAAAUCUCAGAUGAGAACAUAACUGACUACAUGCAUUGUUAAUGUUUAUAUGAAAUGUUUCAGGUGACUGUUAGUGAAAGAAAUAAUAAAGUGAUUUAAUGUGAUGUUUUCCUAUAUUCAUGUUCUUCUCUUGGAAACAAACCGUUCUCUACACAGUUUAAAAAGUCUAAAUACGAGAAUUCUGACGAGCUGCAAAUAUAAAUGAAGUUUGCAAAGUAACUAGGUGAAUGAUUAACUUUGAUCCAGAACAGCUGUUGAGUAUAUUGUCCUUGUUGUUUCAAUUCUCUGAAUUAUAGUAAAAAUUUGUUUCUGGGUCAAGAAUACAUUUAUCAUAAACACACUUGAAUUGGGGCUGCUGUGUACCAUGCAUCCUGCACGAGGAAGAGAUGUAUGUUGCAGUGAUGUGCAUGUCCCAUACAUUACGACGACACUGGUUUUACACUUCGAAGAUUAAAAAAGUGCAAGUGUUUUUUAAACUUAACAUAUUUAGAAACUGAACUUUGCAUGAGUCAAAUUAACACUGGAAAUGAGUGAUGGACUAAUAACAUCAUGACAUAGAUCUGUCAAGGAUUAUGGGUGAUAAAAGCAAAAGCUAAUGUUGUGCCAGGCAUAUAUUUACCUUAAAACUUUACAAGAGACUGUGGAGCACCAAUGUAUCCGAAACAAUCUGCCAAAUCCCUGACUGAAUGAAUGAAAAUUAAAAAACUU